UGGGAUGUCUCCUGGUCUGAUACACAGCGCUGUAGCUCUGCGGUUGAAAGUGGCGAAAAAAUGACAUCUUUACCUUAAACUGACGGAUUAUGUUAAUUAUAUACUCUUAAGGAUAGGAGAUAAGCUCAAGGAACUUUAAUUGAAAGCUCAUGAAGUGGACCUGUUGUUUACCUCAUGGAAUAUUCCAAGACAUCUUUUAGUUCCCUCUAUCCUUCCUCAUGCCUACUCUGAUCUGUGCAACGCCCCUACCCUAUAGCCUGUAAAAACAAGAUAACGUCCUAAAAAGUUAUUUUUAAUACAAGUAUUUAUUUGUCUUGAUUGGCAGAUAUUUUUUAAUCAAGAGAAUCAAGGUCCAAAGGUAAACAUCUGAAAAUAUUGUUCGGAAGGUUGUGCACCGCGCAAUGGAAAGCAUGGCGCGCAUGGAGCUGUCCAUGGUACUGAAUGCCAUAGCAUCAACAAGUAGUGAGCUUUUCAUUUUCUAGGCUACUCACGAGCGCUAUGUUGAAACUAUUGGAAAAACAUGACAUUGGCUGACACAAUAUGGUUAUAACGUUUGAAACUGCAAAUAGCUUUGUAUGAUAAAUCGGAUGUGUUACAAAAGUAUCAGAAGGGAUGACGAAAUGGAUCAUUGCAAGGGGGUAUCAACGCAUCAGAGUCAGUGUGUGAUCUUUGAGAGAGAGGAGACCAAAAAUGUCAAUCCUAUGACGUUAGUUCUGGCGCACGAAUGAAUUCCGAACGAAUGGACGUGCGAGCCAAAUUCGUGAUCAGAAGACGCGGAAAGAACAAGGCGAGAACGAGGUUGGGAGAUCAGCGAAGCCCGAAUUUUAAAACGCUGGGAUUGUCAAUAUUUUAUAGCCUAUUCAAUUGUUAUCUAGAGUGUUUUUCUUUGUUUGUACUGGUCACACGUGACUUUCUGGCGGAAACUGUCUUCUAGAAUUACAGUGCACGGAACUUGGACAUCAUGAUGCCGUUCCUAAGAACCCUGGUUGUGCUGGCUGUCCUCUGCGCGCCAACCUCCAGCCUCUGUCUCAGACUGUACCAGAGCGACUACAACCUCCUCUGUGACGAUGACAUACUAGCUGAGGUCCAGACGAACGACGUUCCCAGUGACACGUUCCCAGUGUCGGAAAGCUUGCGCUCCCUCUUCAAGUCCGGAGACACUCUCUCCUCCGCAGAGUCGCGGGAGAAAAGGACGUCGACUUACCCCGCCAACUACAGGUUUCUCAGUCAGACGCAGCUAAGGAGUAAGAUGUUCCAGAACAGCAUUAAUAAUGAUCGGCUACGCAAGUUUACCCUGUCUCUAGAUGUGCCCACCAACAUCAUGAACAUUCUCUUUGACAUCCAAAAGUCCAAGAACCUGCGCGCAAAAGCGGCCGACAACGCGCGUCUGAUGGCGCAGAUUGGACGAAGGAAGAGACAGUAGACUAUCUCUCCGACGGUUGAAGCCGCUACCCUGAUUAUCCAUUACAUAUUAGAUUUUCACUCUGACAAAUACGUUUUGCUGGAAGUUUUAUUUUUCCUCAAAUCAAACUUUCAGAUGCAGUAUUUGUGAGAUGUUUUUUUUCUGUGGGUAUGAUCUAGCAAAUUUAAAUACGAAACAUAGGGAUUAUUGAGAUUUACUUUUCUGAAGUACAAUUGGAUUGUUUACUGUACAGGCCUAUUCCAUUUUAGAAUCCCUGAAAUUGAAUGAAAAUCAAAAUACAAUUCGAGAUCAUUUUGAACUAGUCUACACACUGAAUGAUUUAUUUUCUGUUCAGAAUAUACAUUUCAAUUCAUUAAAAUGAAAGUACUUUCAAGAUAAGGUUAGGCCCUUUAAAGAUAUACAACUUCUAGUCUUCCACUGGACCAGGAAAUGUGGUGUAAUGAGAGGGGUCUUUGAAAUUAGAUAAGGCAAAUGAGGAAAUAUGUCAAUUGCAUAUGCAUAAAAUCAGUGGGUAAAGUGUAAUUAGCCUGUCAAUGGAAAUGGUUUGCAUUUCUUCUCAUUCGUGCCCGCGUUUUAUAGGAAAAGCAAGGCAUGCAUAUGCUUGAAAUACAGGACAGUACGGUACAAUACAAAUUAUGUGAACAAAUUGCUUUCAUUGAAAUUCGCACGCAUGUUGCGGCAUAUUUAGUGUAAAGAGAAGCGAGUUAGCCUAUAUACCUUUGUGAAUAGACGCUAGAAUGUGAAAUGAUUAUGAGUUAUUUCAAGGAAAAUGCAUGGUAGCCUCAAUGUUUGAUCAUCAAAUGUCUGUUAUUUUUAUACACAAAGGGAUUAUUUUUCCUCAAAUAAAAGCAGAUGAA